AUGGCUUGUGGCUCGAUUUCAGGAGCUCUGACGAUAAUAGUGCUCACAGGUCGGAUAGGCCUCUCGGGGGUGGAGGAGAUAUAUCGAUACAGAUGGAACGACAUGCUGAAACUGCAGAUGGAACUCUGUUUUUCGAUCACACUAUCGAUUGCCGUCCUUCUUGGUAACUCUGUCCAUCUUGAAGCUGCAAUCAUUGGUUCAGCUCCUGCGGACAGUGAUGGUUCUUUGUCUCGGGCGUGUCCAAUGUGCUGCCAGGGACCUGCUGGAACACCUGGAAUUCCGGGCCUACCAGGAAAUCAGGGUCAGUAUGGACCAGCAGGGGCAAAGGGCGAUGCUGGGGUCAAGGGUCAGAAGGGUGAGAGUGGCCCAGUUGGCGAUGUUGGAAAUCCUGGCAAAAAAGGGGACAAUGGAAUGGGUCUGCCUGGUAAGGUAGGUCCCAGAGGUCCACCUGGCUCAGUUGGAGCCGUUGGGGAAGUGGGGGUCAAAGGUCAAAAGGGCCAACCAGGGGAUACUGCGGAUAUAUCACUUCAUCAGGUGGCAUUUACCGUGACACGGACAAGUCACUCUGAUCCUUUUACUAGCCACAACACCCGUUUGCCCUUCGACCAGAUCGAGACGCUUGUGUCGGGUACCAGCUUCGAUCUUGCAACGGGUACUUUCACAUGUAAUGUGCCAGGAACCUACGUGUUCACGUUUUCUGUGUGCAAAUAUAACCACAGCGGUAACCUUUGGGUUCAUCUUCGGAAAAACGAAUACUUUGUUGUCACUGGCUUUAGCAGUGUUUCAAGUGUUAAUGUGCAGGUGUCCGGAAGUGCAGUGCUGAUUCUGCAUCAAGGGGACUCAGUGUAUUUGACCAUGUCCGGUAGGACAAAUAGCUAUACUAGGGAACACACUGCUUCAUUCAGCGGCUUUCUCCUUUACACGCAACUGAACCAACAAGGAUGA